UCAACACACAGAUUUCGAAUUCAAUUCAAUGACAAAGACGCAUCCAUGUAGAGCGAGAGCAGUGAAGUGAAGUGCAGUUUAUAGCAUAAUAUUUUUAGAUGUAGAAUAAAAGUGUCAUCUGCUUAUUUAUUUCCAAAAUCGUGCACACAACAGGUUAGAGUAGUGCGAUUUACUAUGCAGAACAACCCCCAGGAGCUUUCAUGGCAGGCGAUACAGGCUAUUGUGGGGGUUAAACUCCCACCUAAUGUGUUGCGUUUUGAUGAUAUCGGCUUCCACUUAGUGAACAAUUCGAUUUCGAGUGCAGAGGAUUCAGACUCCGAUGUGGAGAUCGUCGAAAAUGGUUGGGAAUCCGACAACAAUGUAUCCUCCAAACCUGAGCACUCCGACAACGAAAAGACGUCUCCGGACCGCGAGCAAAGCGAGUCGCCCGUCCUACAUCUCGUGGAACCCGACAAUAACAACACGGGCAAAGACCUGCUACACUAUAGAGACUUUUUAGUUAAAAUGGAUACCAAAGAUAUAACCGAUAAUGAAGUGCCUCAAACGAACAACGACGACGGCGAUAGCUCCAAUGGGAAUGUUAUGUCAAUCGAGAAUUAUUUAGAGGUGACCUUAUCAACAGACUCCGAGGCUAGUCAUAUGUGUAGCCAAUGUAACCAAAUGUUUACCAGUGAGCAACUGCUAUCCUCCCAUCAGUGUAACGCCAAACCCACCGAAGAAAAGAAAUAUCCCUGUCAUGUUUGUGCUGAAAAAUUUCCCAGCUACUGGGAGCUCCGGAAACACAUAAACAACCAUUUUCCAGGAAUGUUAGACUCCAAAUCCAGUUUUUGUCAUCUAUGUCAAAAGGAUUAUACCAAAACAGGGUUCAUGAACCAUUUACGAAAGCAUACGGGUGAACGACCUUUCGUAUGUGAGCUAUGUCAUAAAGCCUUCUCACAGUCCAGUUCAUUGUCAAUACACAUGAAGUUCCAUCUGAAUGUUCGGAAACAUGCUUGCACAGUAUGUGAAAAAAAAUUUGUAACCAAGAGCGAGCUGUCCCGACACAUGACAGUACAUACUAAGCAAAAGUCAUACUACUGUGGGGUCUGUGACAAAGCCUUUACACGCUCUGACAACAUGAAGAAACAUGAGAAAACACACGGAUAACGUCAGACAUAGUCUGAACAUCUGUGGAAAGCAUCACUCUCAUAAAUAUUCAUUUGAUUAAAUGAUUAGAUAUAAUGUUUAAAUGGGAAUAAUGACAUUGUGAAAAUAUAUAUUGUAUGUAUGAGUGUGUGCGUGUGAUGCUUUUUACACAAGGUCUUGUUUCCAAUUCUCUGAUUGCCAAAAAUUUUAGUCAUAACUGUAAUUGUUAAUUAAAAUUUACAUUGUUUUAUACCAAAUUGAAAAUUUCAGUCUAGUUUAUAGCUUAGUCAUUAUGUGUGUUAUUGUGAGUGAAUUUACACUCCUUGUGUGCUGCUGUAAUUGCUUUUGAAUAUGGUUUUUACCCGACUGCAAGAAGGGUUAUUAAAUAUUAAGCAAGUAUGAGGGAGACUUUAUUAUAUUAAAAAUAUGCCAGGUGCUUUAAUAUAUUGUCACACAUAUCUUGAUCCAAAGUUGCCUUUUUAGAUAUGAUAAAGUGAUAUUUAACAUGUGGAUAUGGGUCAAAUGUCCGAUGGAUCUAUGAUAGCUACAGUGUAGUAUUUGUAUAAGAUAAAAAAGAAUGAAUAGUACUUUGAAGUGAAGGCCUUCUAUAUAUCACAAUUUAAAUUGUCACAAAACUAAUAUUGUUCCUGCUUCACUUGAGAGCUUUAAUAAAUAAUAUAUUUUUGUAAAUCUUUGCUAUGAGGUAGUGUUUACCAAGUUGUAAAGUAAUCUUUGCCAAAUUUUAGAUAAGUAUUUGAAGUGAUUCUUAUUGAACUGUGUUGUAACCAAAGCAAUAAUAUUGUGUCUAAUGUGCCUAUUCUAUUUUAUACUAUUAAGUGAAUUCAAAACCAAAUAUAUCUUAGAUGUUAGAAAAUUCAUAGUAAUGUUAAUUACUAAUAAUACCAAAUUGGAUUUAUAGUCAAUAAUAAUGGUAACAUAUUUUUAUACACCAUAAUAUAGCAUUUUAUUGAGGCACUGUUUAGUUUCCUGUAUAAUGGUCUCAGAAUCAUAAUUUAGUUUAGCCACCUUGAACAAUUAGAAUAGUUUAGUUAAGUAUAUUAUAGCUUAAUUGAGAAGAUAAUUGGAACAAUCAUCACAAAUGUUAUACAGUGAAAAUAUAUUUAAAUAUUCAUAGUGAAUUGCUAUGUACAUAUUUUUGUGUUAAGUGAUGACAAAGUCAAUUAUUUCAGACUAUCUUAUUACUAAUAUAUUUGUUGCAAAAUAAAUUCCAAAGAUAUAAAAUUGGCUUCAAACCAAAGCUAUUUAAUUUUUCAUUUGUGCCACUUACUAUUUUACUGGUAGUCAAUACCUUUUAUAAUAUAUUGACAUUUUUAUAUUUAGUAUAAGGCAAUAAUUACAAUUUAAUAUAUUUAUUGUAUUUAAUAAUUAGAAUUAGUUGCAUGAUAUAAUUGUUCAUAGAAUUAAGGGUUUAGAUUGAGCCAAAUGGAAUAAUACACAAAAAAUCUACAAGACUGACAAUAAUAUUCAGAGUAGAUAUUAAACUCAUGCACAAAAUGUAAUAAUUAUUUAUUUAUUGAUGCCUUAACAGGAAGUUUUAAAAUAUUUAUCUAAAAAUGCACCUUGUUAUAAACUCAUCAUGACAAUUAGUAUAAGAUCAGUUUUAUUGAAUUAAACUGUUUAAUAGAAAAUGUAAUAAUAAUUGUCGAUUUUAUUAAAGAGUUGUUUGUUGCAAAA